AUGAUAACUGUGGAGGACAUGAAUGCCAGACUUAUGGAAAUUUGGCCGAUCAAGUUCAAUCCAUGGUACAAAUUGUUCCCCGAUGGUGAUGGUGUCUUCAAGAGACAAAGCCCCCUUUCACCACGCCUCACAUUGUCAGAAACUACCAGACUUGGACAAAGAGGGCACAGAAUCAAUUUAGCUGAUGUUCUUAGCCAAGAUUUUGUACCGAGAGUCUUCAAUGGAAGUUGGGUAUCUGAUGAUCAAUUAGAGUUUCGAGAUAAAGAUGGACAUCUUGUUAUAUACUCUGUCCGAAUGAAAACAUCCAAAAGAAUUAUCCAUAAUUCUAUAUUCAAAGAAAACAGGGUUAUGAAGUACAGUAUAUCAACUGAUCAGAAAUAUGUCCUUUUGUUUUAUGACGUAACACAGUUGUACAAAUAUUCAUUUGAGGCCAGAUACAAAAUAUACGACAUCCAGAACAAAAAAAUCUAUCAUCUGUGGCCAAUGGAAAAUCCUGAAGAUAAAAUACAGUACGCCGCAUGGGGUCCUAAAGGAAACCAGCUGGUUUACGUACACAAGAAUAAUAUCUACUACGUCACAUCAGUUAACGGUACCCACUAUGCGGCCACGAAUAAUGGUGUAGAAGGAAUAGUGUUCAACGGGGUGCCUGACUGGUUAUAUGAAGAGAUCAUUUUAAAAUCCAAUAAAGCUCUGUGGUGGUCACCAGAUGGAAAUUUUCUGUGCUUCGCCACUUUCAAUGACAGCAAAAUAGGCACUUACUAUUACAACUGGUAUGGCAGUCAUAACGACAGCAAUAAUGUCAUCGCUCAGCUAAAAUCUCUUCGCUACCCCAAACCUGGCCAGGAAAAUCCAUCCGCCGUCCUGUGGGUUGUAGAUGUCCGUAGCCCCAGCAGAAUACUUCAAAGAGAUGUGAAACCACCAAGGGAGGUCCAGGAUCAAUUAGUUCACGUGUGGGAUUACUACUUUACCUCAGUGCAAUGGAUUGAUACUCAUAGUGUAGCUGUGAUUUGGAUGGCGAGAUCACAGAAUUACUCCGUAGUCACCCAGUGUACUGGUUCACUUUGGUACUGCCAAGUGGUUUAUGAACAAAGGCCACCAAGUCGGAAAGGUUGGGUGGAUUUAUAUGACCCUGUGGUAUUCGGACAUGGACGUAAAAGUUGGUUCAUUAAAUUGCCUCUAGCGGAAGGAAAUUAUGGACACUAUCGCCACAUUGCAGCAGCAUACAAUAAUUCGAGACAUGUGGAUUACUUGACAGAAGGAAGAUUUGAAGUUACAAAGAUUGCUGCAUAUCAUGAGGGCUCAAAUACGAUAUACUUUUUGGGAACAAUGGAAAAUCGACCAGGCGAGCGCCAUUUGUACUCUGUCCCUGCGAAGAAAACUCGCUUCACAGCCAACAUAAAGUGUUUAACUUGCGACGAAGGCUAUUUGUGUCUCUACAACAAUGCCAUCUUCAGUCCAAGCGUUGAGUACUUCGUAUUGGAAUGCCUCGGUCCAGGAGUUCCGAAGAUAGAGAUACGUUCCAUCUACAACCAGACAUUCAGCAUACUUGAUACAAACAGCGAUCUUAAAACCAGGAUUGAGCAAAGAACUAUGCCUCAGAUCAGAACUUUCCAUGUACCCGUAAAAGGAGGAUACAAAGCUCAAGUACGAUUGCUUCUUCCACCUGACUUGGCUGAUAAUGAUGCGUUAUAUUAUCCACUUAUAGUCUUCGUGGAUGGUGCUCCAGGAUCUCAACUGGUAACAAGCGAAUUCAGCGUUCACUGGGGAACUUACCUGUCAGGCAGGAGGAAUCACAUCUAUGCGUGGAUUGAUGGAAAAGGCAGCGCACACCAAGGUGACAGAAUGCUGCAUGAAAUUUAUUACCAUUUAGGAACGGUGGAAGUUGAAGAUCAGAUCGAUGUCAUCAGGUACCUAAGAGACAACUUGCCUUUUAUUCAUCCCACCAAUAUUGCCAUCUGGGGCCAUUCUUACGGCGGUUUUGUAGCUGCAUCUGCUCUGGCUGCUCACAAUACCGUCUUCAAGUGCGCAGUGUCUAUUGCUCCUAUUACCAGCUGGAUUUACUACAGCUCUACCUACACUGAAAGAUACAUGGGCUCUCCACUGCCACAAGACAACUGCCAAGGAUACGAAAGAGCAAGUUUGAUCCGAAAAGCUCACAGUUUUAAAGGAAAAAAAAUACUUUUGAUACAUGGCACUGCAGACGCUGCUGUGCAUAUACAACAUUCUACUAUGUUUAUGAAAGCCUUAACAGAAGAAGGUGUACUAUUUCAAACGCAGAUAUACACAGACGAAGACCAUUCUUUAAGGAACGUUCGGCGGCACAUGUACAGGACAAUGGAAGAUUUCUUUACCAAAUGUUUCUCCAAUCAAAAAGAUGAUUAUGAAGGAACGUGAAGAAUGUCCUGAGUGGAAAAGAAUAAUGAAAUCAGUGAUGUUGUAAAUAUAUUUAUAGAAUUAUAUAUAUAUAUAUAUAUACGUGUAUACGGUGAGAAGAUUUGGAUGCCAAAUCUCUCAAUGUGCCAAACUUUACAUGGCUACAAUGUGACGUGUCUCAACUUUACAUGGCUACAAUGUGAAUGUUCAACGCAACAGUGUAAAUGAACCCUAAAUACCGAUGUGAUGGAUUUAUAAAUAAUAUAUCUAUUUUUCCCUGAAAGUGUAAGUGUAAAAAUGUGUAUUUAAAAUGUGGUUUUUAAAUAAUAAGAGAGCUCAAUAUCUUGUUUUGUUUUCCUUCAGUUUUGGUAUUUUUAUCUCAUGUGUGAAACAUUUUGUUGAGAAACAAACCACAGGGCCAUGUUUUCAUCUUUAUUAUUCAUACUGAGUAUUUAGUGUUACCAAUACGACACAGGUUCUUCGUCAAAGUCUGUGCCAUCAAAAUUCGCAUUUAGCUUAACCACUCAACGCAUCCAUUAAAGAGCUAAAUCCUUCCGAUGGAUCACUAAUCUGUCUGGAAUCAAAUCUUCCUAGGGCAAGCAUGCUUCUUUUAAAUUGUGUGUUUGCCCAUCUCUUUGUAUAACGUUCGUUUUCGUACGCCCACUACUACCUGCCCAGUAUCUAUACAAAGCUAAUUUCAAAUUGUUAGCUAACGGACAACCAAAUUUUAAUAUUUUGCUAUGGGACCAUUAUAACUGUCAAGACGCUGAUACUGAUUGGAAAUAGCUUGGUCUAAUAGUGGGAGUCGAGCACUAAAGGCAGAAAACUGUGUAGUUUUCAUCCAAAAGUAAACCAGAAUUUAAAUAGCGGCUCUUCGUACCUUACACAAUAUCUGACACGUCAUGGACCAUGUAUGUCCUAUCUUCACAGAUUUGGCCUAAGAGACAGCGACCAAUGAAUUUGUGGCAAGAAAUUGGUGACCCAAAUCACUAUCUGCAUGAUUGCCCGCACACAGCGAAUUCACAUUUAAAAAGAUCAGCUGCAAUCAAUAUGCCGGCAUGGUUCAAGAACACAAUUAAAAAUAAAUAUGUGUUCAGCCGCAUUAGAGACUGCACUAUCAUUGCUAAGAGCACUGCUGAUAGCCUGGAGCGACUUCUUUCCUUGGACACCGUGCCGUCAGGAGCCCGCUCUGUACAUAUAUUAAUUUACAUAAUGUCUGGUCUGUUUUUGUUGUUGUUGUAAUUCUUGCUUUUGUUUUGCUUUGUUUUUAAUUAUGUUUAAUAUUAUGAUUAAUCCAGCACUCGUUUAAUGUAUUUGUUCAGAUUUCAUCUUUACAUAUGUACUUGUAUUU